AUGCCAGGGAUAGUGAAGGAGACGUCUUCGUUCGAGUGCAUGUGCGCGCUGCCCUUCGCAACGCUCGUCGCGGGACUCGAUAUCACCGAUACCUGGAUCGCGGGCUCGGGGGCUCGGGCGGACCUGCACAACACGCAGAUGAAGGCCGGCCGCCUCGUGCAUGUUCCCAUCUUGUACAGCACUAGCACGGACGAGGACACUGCCAUCGGGUACGCGAGCGUCGAUACGGUGGACUUGGUCGAGUACCUGUAUCCGACCGUGCUGGGCAUCGGGUGUUCCCCAGGGCUACGCGCUGACAGCGGAGGUGGGGGAGACAAGGGGCGCACAGUUCAAGCGCAUCACGGCUUUCUUCGGGGACAUGGUCGAGCAUAUGCCACGGCAUGGGACUGGUAUGUGGCUUUUGCAGUUAUUCCGUAUCUCUUUAGACGCCUCGAGAGCGAGGAGUGCCUGUUCAGACAUAGUCAGAAUUAUAAGCAUGAGCUGCGCGCAACUUGA